AUGGCUGGCUAUGUCAACACGGGCACCGCCGCCAACCUCUCUGGCAUUGGCGCUGGAGGCCUCCUCCUAUGGUUUGGCUACGCGAGCCAUGAAGAGGCCAAGACGCUGGAGCGACCACCGUCCAAAAUCUGGUUUCAGCUGGCGCUUCUCGUCACGCUGGGGCUCGUCGUCUUGACUCUGCGCACGGUCGUCGAGACAAACGACGUGGCCCACGGCGGGCUCAUCGCUGGCUCGGCCGUCGUGAUGUCGACGCUCUACACAUUGCACUUGCUCGAGGCCCCCGACGCGUCCAGCACCAAGGCAGCGUCAACGCAGCAGCAGCAGUGGUCGUAG